GGAGGAUAUUGUGCUCUGAGUAGUCUUCGUGCUUGUGUAAAGCAGAGUCAGACCUCUUGAGUUCCACCUCCCAUUCGCAUCAUCUGUGACUAUCAAGCAUAUCUAUCUCUCGUUCACCGAUUGCCUCUCGCCACAUUGACAUUGCACUCAUAUCCACUUGUCCAUCUGCCACUAUGCGUAUCUUCCUCACUGGUGCCUCUGGCUUCAUCGGCUCAUAUCUCACCAAAGAGCUCAUCGCUCACGGACACACAGUCAUUGGGCUCGCUAGGUCGGAUGCAUCUGCGCGCAAAGUCCAAGUCAACGGUGCCACACCGCUUCGAGGCGACCUGAACGAUCUCGAGAUUCUGGCAUCAGGUGCCAGAGAAGCAGAUGCUGUCAUUCAUUGCGCAUUCAUUCACGAUUUCGACAACCCAAAUUUCGACAUCCAUAGGAAUGCCGCUGUCGAUGUCGCGGCUUUUCGAGCCAUGGCUGAGGCUAUCAAGGGAACAGACAAGCCUAUCAUUAGCACAAAUGGAACUCUUGGAGCUGCCGUAGGUGCCACAUUGACAGAAGAUACACCUAAAGAAGAUGGGAACUAUCGAAAACCUCCUGAGGAUCUUGUUGCCGAGCUCGGUCGUCAAGGUACACGAGCCAUCCUCAUUCGACUUCCUCCGACUGUGCAUGGAGUUGGUGACGUCAAUUUCGUUGCGAUCAUGAUUGCCACGGCGAAACGGCUCGGAUACUCUCAGUACGUCGGGAGUGGAGAAAGUCAUUGGCCGACGGUCAAUGUCAAAGACGCGGUCACGCUGUACAGGAUGGCCAUCGAGCAGCCACUUCCAGCAGGGACAGUACUACACGGGAUCGAUGGGCACGUGAAGACAAAGGACAUCGCAGAGAUGAUCGGGCGCAAACUCGGGGUGCCAACAAAAUCGGUGUCUGCAGAGGAAGCGCUAUCGCAACUCGGUUUCAUUGGGUUGGCCCUGAGCCUCGACAAUCCUGUCACUAAGGAGAAGACUAUGGCUGCGACGGGAUGGCAACCGAGCCACAUUGGGCUGUUGGAGGAUUUGGACAAGAAUUAUUUCUAGUCUGGUCAAUACGAGCAU